CAGGCUUUCCAACGUUACUAGCGCUCCCCCACUACCCUCAUUUCAGCAUCUGAGGCAAAUACUUCAAAAUUCACCCAUUGGACAUGAAAGAAUUUACUGGAAAAUAAGUGGAAAGACAGAGGGGGAAAUCAUCUGCCAGAGCUCAGAAAGUGUCUGAAGUGCGUCGGAAGAAAAAAAGGAUUUAUCUCUGUUGAGGCGUUCAGAACUCAGAGCGAUAUGGCUGGCGUUCUCCGCAAGCUCGCAGCAUGCAUCCCCUGCGUGUGGAUCUUCCUCAUGCUUUUUGACCCCAGCUUGCAAACCGGGGCCGUAACAGGUCACAGAGAACCCAUUCCCGAUGACAGCAAAGACAACAUCACCAUCUUUACCCGGAUCUUGGACCGCUUGCUGGAUGGUUACGACAACAGAUUGCGUCCUGGACUAGGAGAAAGUGUGACUGAGGUGAGGACAAACAUCUACGUGACAAGCUUCGGACCAGUAUCAGACACCGAUAUGGAAUACACGAUUGACGUGUUCUUCCGGCAGAGUUGGCGGGAUGAGAGGCUGAAGUUUGAUGGGCCCAUGCAGGUCCUUCCACUUAACAACUUGCUCGCCAGCAAGAUCUGGACUCCUGAUACUUUUUUCCACAAUGGGAAGAAGUCAGUAGCCCACAAUAUGACUACACCUAAUAAGCUCCUGCGACUGGUAGACAACGGAACUCUUCUCUACACGAUGAGAUUAACCAUCCAUGCUGAGUGUCCUAUGCAUCUGGAGGAUUUUCCUAUGGAUGCCCAUGCCUGCCCGCUAAAGUUUGGAAGCUAUGCCUACACCAACAACGAGGUUGUCUACAUCUGGACAGCGGAUGAUGAGAAAUCUGUUUCUGUGGCUCCUGAUGGUUCUAGACUCAACCAGUAUGACCUGUUGGGCCAUGUCAUUGGCAAAGAGACCAUCAGCUCCAGUACAGGAGAAUAUGUGGUGAUGACAACGUAUUUCCAUUUGAAAAGGAAAAUUGGCUAUUUCGUGAUCCAGACGUAUCUCCCCUGCAUAAUGACCGUCAUUCUGUCUCAGGUCUCCUUCUGGCUGAACCGUGAGUCCGUUCCAGCACGUACCGUCUUCGGUGUCACAACUGUCCUGACCAUGACCACACUGAGUAUAAGUGCCCGGAACUCACUUCCUAAGGUGGCCUACGCGACAGCUAUGGACUGGUUUAUGGCAGUUUGCUAUGCGUUUGUCUUCUCUGCUCUCAUUGAGUUUGCCACUGUCAACUACUUCACAAAACGGAGCUGGGCCUGGGAUGGUCAGAAGGAGGCCCAGGAGAUGCGGAGACGAGAGUCGUCUUCCUUCUCCAAGAAGUCCAACAACACUUUCAACAUUGUGGGAACCACCUACAGCAUGAGCGUAGCCAAAGAUCCCGGACUGACAACCAUCUCCAAGAGCGCCACAUCCACGUCUACCCCAUCCCAGCCGGUCCGAGAGAUCCGACUACCCAAAAUGGAUGGUGAAUACGUGCCGGAGGGUGGAAGAAAGUCAUACAAUCGCGUCAGCAAAGUGGACAAGAUCUCUCGUAUCAUCUUUCCAGUGCUCUUCUUCAUCUUCAACCUGGCUUACUGGGCUACUUACGUCAACAGAAAGCCGACCAUCAACCGGUCCAGCCCACAGAAAUGAACAUGGCAAGCCAAAACAAAGAAAUGAAUAAACUGCCAGUCCAGUCUUAAUCUGCAACAUGAUGCUACUGCUACUGUGUUCAUUCUCCAUUCUUUUUUUAAACAACCAUGUCGAUACACAAUUCUAGUUAGUAGUUUGUUUGUUUUUCUAGAUUUGUAUGUGCCAUUUCAUGUGUUGCAUGAGGUAUGAAUAUUAAUUCUGACUGUAUUGCUGAUCUUGGACGGAUGGUCAUUACUUACCCGCUAAAGCCCCUCCCCCUCUCCACACACUGUGUAUCAUCAGGAGAAAAUCUUGGUUGUCGGUCGCCAUGGCGAGAUCCUGUAGCCUUUCAGCAGCCAGUAGCGAUGUCCGUAGGCGCAUCAUUACUAACUGUCUGUUGUUUGACUCUUUGCAAACCCAUCAGUAGUGUCAUCUAGAUGUGUGUUUACAUCCCCAUGGGUCUAUCAGUGCAUUUUCGUCCAGUGACUCUUAUUGUUUAAACAGCCUGAGCAGGCUCCAAGAUAAAGAAACUGUGUGCCUUUUUAAUCGCUCGCCGUAGAGAUGAAUAGUUUGGCACAUGCUGACAUUGUCUACAAGCUUACGCCUGCCUAAAGAAAACGUCAGUGCUGAUUGAACUCUCACAGGAUGGUAUUAAACUCAGAGCUGUCCUGCAUGCGAGUUGAUUUAGUGCUGACAGCCGACUGUAAGGCACUGGGCCAGCCUGCAAUGCUUUGUUUGUGGCCAAUACGAGCAGUGAGGAUCAGAGAAAGUAUUCAGCGAAUUAUCACACGGUAACAUGCUAUAAAGCAUUUCGGCUGUGUAGAAUAUAAAGAGGGGAUUUUAGAUUUGGGCCAGUGCCACACAGGAGGAACAUGCAUUUUCAUUACCUCACGCUGAAGAGUUGGUGGUUUUGGUAGAUCAUUACACUUUAUGUUUCGAACAAUACAGUAUUCAUGUUUGUGAAUGCACUAUUUUUAUUAAUAUGGAUAUUUGAAUUGUAAAAUCUUGUUAUUUUGGCAAUUGCAAGCCAAUAUCAUAGUUUCCUGUCUGUGAGAUUUCAUGCAAAAUGUAGAUGUAGUUUAAAUGCCAUGUUAAUUUAGGAUAAUAUGAGAACAUGCUCUCAACGUGGAUGUGUGCAUAUUUAUGUGCUGUUGUUCCCUUAUGAUUUUAUUUCUUUCACACAGUGCGUUUAAUUUUAUUACACAUCUCGUUUUGGAAAAACAAUCGUUUUGCAUUCACUUAGAAAGUGCCAGGUUUACAUGUGAAUUUAAAUAGAGACAUUUUUGUAGAUAAACUAAAAAGUUGCGUAAAGUAUGUACUUAUGUGACAGCAAGCUAUAUUAAGCAAAAAAACAUUAACCUUGCCAUUUCAUUCAAUUCAUUUCAUGAACAAUGUACACUAACAUUUACCUUUCUUUCUUUUUUUAAACAAUUGCUAAGACCCAGUUCUCAAUACUUAGGUCACUUUUUCUAAACUCUUCACACAAUUCUCCUUACCAGCUUUCUCCACUUGUCACAGCAGGGGCGAAACUGCCCACUUUUAAUUGUGGUCUGCCUAAUAAGUUGGUAAUUUUAUUAAGAAAUAAUAAUAAUAAACAUCUUAUUUUACUAUACUGUAUCUUUAUAUAUUUAGCUUUAAAUAUUAAAUGCCAGUUUUCAUGGUCAAUUACAGGCUGCUUCUUAGUUUUCCCUCUUCCUUUAGGUGCAUAGGCUACCCAUACGCUUCUCAAAAUGAUGAUUCGUCCGUUUCUGUUUGUCCCGCCCACAAUGCGCAUGUUUGAGGAGAUAAAUUUGAAAAUAGUGAAACAAAUAUCAAUACGUCCAUUCUAUAAAACGUAUAUAUUGACUAUUGACUAAAUUAAACCAGACUAGCUGCGUAAUGCAUUUAUAGAUUGGAAACUUUUGAGCUAAGCAUGUUUGAAGCAUGGUAUUAGCAUAGGUAUAGCGUUUGAUCAUCUAAACAGACACAUCCUUAGCGGAGAGAAACGCAUAAGCGUUGUGCAAGAUACUGUUCUCCACAGCAAACUGUAUAUUUGCAGCUGUACACAUUUCUAUGGUCCUCGAUGUUUACUGUUCUGUGAACGCAAUCAUCUGCGAAGCCCCGUUGUCUCAGACUGAGGUAAUGCUUUACAAUAAACUUCCUUAGGUUAACGUUAGUUAAAACAUUAACUAACAUUAACAAUGAGCAAUACAUUUGUUACAAUAUUUCUAAAUCUUUGAUAACGUUAUAGUUAAUAAAACUACAACUGUUCAUUGUUAUUUGUGUUAGCUCAGGUAUGAAUGUUAACAGAUACAACUUUUAAUUUUAAUAAUGCAUUACUAAAUGUUGAAAUUAACAUUAAUGUUAAUCAGUUAUUUAGAAAUAUUGUGUAUUGAACCUUUGCGCUGUAUUUUAAUGUUGCCAGUUCAACAUUUUUUUAAUGUAGUUUAUGUAGGUCCACCAAUAUAAAAAAAAAUUUGCCUCGUCCCUGUCACAGAAGCAAAUUUCACAUCCAAAAUACAUAAAAAAAAAAAUACCAAAACACAUCAUGCAUGUCUUAAAUCAGUUCAUUCGUUCAUAACUCUAGCAAAGGUUAUCACUCAUCCAACACACUUUGCAUUAUACAGUGCUGUCUAAUGUAAAAUGCAUUUACAAAACAAGAAUGAUAGGUCUCUACUAUGUAGAAUUCACUGCAGAAUAUGUUGCAUUGUCCAUGUUUACAGUUUUUAGUUUGUAUUAUGUGCCAAAGCAAUGGAAAAUGAUCCAUAGACUGCUGUUGUGCUCACUGUGUGAAGAGUUAUAAAAAGUGACCUUACUAUGGAGAAAUUUGUCCUAGGCAUUGUGAAAAACUGUAAUGUGGCAUAAAAUCUCACUCAUUAGUUUUCAAUCAGUGAAUUUAUUAGCAAAUAAAUAGAUAGGGCUCAUAUUUGUUGUAAUAUUCUAAAUAAGAUUUUUUUUUUUUUUUUUUUUUUUUUUUUUUCAUACAUUAGGAUGUGUUGUAAAUGAAUGCAUGACAAUCUCUUCAUUAGUUACAUCACCACAUAUGCUAAUGUUUUAUCUUUCUGAAGAAGGCUUUAUGUUUUUGUAUCUCAUAACGGCCCUUCAAAUAGCCAUAUACAAUAUCCGGAGCGCAUAUCCGUAGACUCCUUACAUCUCAUCUGAGCUAUAGUAGGGCUAGAUCAACUGAUGUUGCUUUUGAUUGUUGACACAGGUAGAACAAAUCAUAAAUAAAACCAUAUGUAAGAAGUAUAUUUAUAUAGGAAUUUAAAUCUAUUUAUGCUAACUACAUACAGUACCUGAUAGCAUACAUGAUCUAUGUUUUUUACAGUGUACGGUAUAACCCUUAUAGCAUCGGUACAACAUUGGGUAUAGCUAUCCCAGAUAGCACACGUACAUCUCUAAGACGUCUCAAAGAGUGCUUCAUUUGGAAAACAUCUAACAUCUGAUAAACAUCUUUUAAAAAUGCAGUUUUACAAGCAUUCUAAAAAUCAUAAACAUCUUAAAUCAGCUGUAUAGAAGUUGCAUACAGUUGCUUUGAGGACAUGUGUAAAUGUCUAGAGAUGAGCAAACUAAAAAAAAGAUCUUCCAGAUGAAAAUGUGCACAUAAACAGACAUGAUGUAGUCUACAUGUGCUAUCAGGGUAGUGGUAUGAUACUUUAUUCAAAUGUUAGAACAAGUAAAAGUUUUAAUUUUUUAUAUGUCGUCACUCCACUUGAAAUAGGAUACUUGGGAAAUGUAGUCGUGUUGAUUACCAUAAACAUUACUUCUGUAAACUAUGUCGGCAUACUUGUCUAAUAUGUCCGACAUCUAGAUUUUCACGUGCAAAUGAAGCCUAAUAUCAGUGAAACUUUUCUGUUCAAGAGGGUGUGUAAAAUGUACUGUAGUACAGCACUACAAAUACUAAUUGAUAAAGUUAUCACUGAUGAAUUCUGACUAAAAAACUUUCCAAAUUAUGCUGCUUUUGCUUAAACUAUUGCUUUAAAGCUGGUUUACACGUCCCCCUUUGGCCACCCUUGUGUGUAUUUCAGAUCUAAAGUUUCUGGAUCAUGUUGAAUGGUUAGCAUUUUGGCUACUAACACUAGUAAUAGUGCUAGAUGCUCUGCUAGAUGUGUGCAGUUUUCUAAAUGUUUAAUGUACAGUCUGCCAGGCUCUCUGUAUAUACUGUAUUAAAAAAGAAAAAAAUGAAUCCAGCAAUUUUUCUGCAUGUCCCAAAGCAUCUGACACAAUCUUGUGGUUAGUGGAGCUGGUAGAUGUAAUCUUGUUGAGUUUUCUGGUUUCCUUUCAUAAUUGUCUGGGUUUGAUAUGCGACUUGUUCUUUACAAAAUGCCUUAUUCUUGUUAUGGUGUGAUUAACUGAAGAAGGAAAGCUCAAGGACAUCAUAGGUAUGCAUAUUACAGGCUUCUAUUAUUGUAAUAUUAUUAAGUUGAGCGUUAUCUUCUAAGGACAGUGUGUUUUUUGUUGUUGUUGUUGUUGUUGUUUUUUUGGACGACAUCAAUCUUGUUCCUCUUGGUGGUUCGUCACGUCAUGCUUCUUGUACUCUGGCACAUGCUAGAUAUUUUGUUAUGUCGUGUUACACUGUGAUUCAAUGCCAAAAGGUUGAUAGAACAAGGACAUAGGUGACAUACAGUAGGCCAUGUCAUAGGGAAUGACUGAAAUCCCACUAAAUCUUGUUAGGACGAUCCUUUUUGACUUGUGGUUUAAGUCACCUUGAACACAGAAAACUGCUUUCUCUGACAUACCGAUUCAGUGUCCUCUGUAUCUGUGCAUUUUUGAGAUAAACAGUCUUCUGUUGUCGCACAGUUACUGAGAUGUGCAUCAUGGAUAUCCGUUUGCAAUAAAACUCAUACCAUAACUGUCAGUGCAGAAAAGAAAUUCAAAAUUAAUCUGAAGUGAAGUGCUGUGCUGGAGCACAAGUGAAUUGAUGAAGCUGCCUGCCUCAAAACAAACUGCUAUGUUUACGACUUGCUGCCUCGACCAUACAUCAUGAUUAUAGCCAAAUUAUCAGAUGUGCCAAAUGACCUUUAGAGAAAAGUGUGGGGGGGUAAUGAUUUGCCCAUGGAUAACGAAUAACGGUGGGUGUGUUUAUAUACGUACAUAUAAACAUACAUAUGUACGUAUGUGUGUCGUUUACUUUGAUAUUCUGUUUCUUGCACAAAAAAAAAUCAAGGGAGCAUUUGUGAUGGGUCAAUUUAAGAGACAAUGUUUUUUGCAUUUUUUUAUUUUAUUUAUUUAGUAAUUUAUUUAUUGUAGUUGUAAAGAAAGAUUGCUGUUCUUCCACAUUUUGGACUUAAUGAAACAGUUCAACUCUACACAAAUAUUAGAACAUAUACACUUCUAGUCGUACAAGUGUGAUGCAUGUCAUUGCAAUGCAAUCCAUAAUACAGUGCUAGUAUCCGUCGUAUUCUCAAGAUUGCCACAAGAGGCGCUAGAUAGUAAGCGUUAAUGUAAACUUGAGGGUUUUUUUUGUUUGUUUGUUUUUAAUAGCUAGCUAAAUAUCCCAACUGGUUAAGGUGCAAACAUUUAAGGAUAGCACCCCCUUUGAGUAUUAGGUCUGUUAUCAUCAAAUGUAACGCAAUAAUUUAUUUACGAUAGGAAACCUGUAACGCACUAGUAGAGCAUUUGCAUCUGCAUUUACAAACUUAUGUAAAAUAUGAUUUUAAGAUUGUGCACUUUGCUCCCCAUAUGACCCUCUUGCUAACAUGUUUGGUCAGCCUAGCUAGCACGUUUUACAGCUUAUUUUGUUGGUUGGUUCUGGGUUUGAGACCAAACAAUGAUUACAUAGUAUAUACUGAGAAGAAAGAUUUACAUUUUACUUAAUCAAGUUCCUAAUGAACUUUACUUACUUUGUAACAAGCAUGUUGCAAUAGAUUUCAAGUGGAACUGUUGUCAAACACAAAUGAAACCCAAGUUUCUUCAGUGAACCCUGGGUAAUUACAUAUAAUUGUGAGGUUAUGUACUUGGCUUAAGUGUGCAGAUUUCUGUGAGGUAUAAAAAAUGUAUGGACUUUAAUAUUUGCGGUGUCUUAAUGUAUGGCCAACUAGUAUGGAAUAAUUGGAGCUAAUUUUGUUCAAUCUAAAAGGUUUGUUCGGUUAUUUGACCCAUGGCCCUCCCUGCCACUGUGUAGCUCUAAGAAAGACUGUCUGAAAUGUUAUUUCUGUUAAAUCUUGACUUCAAAGUGUUUUGCUCUUAGAUUUUUUGUUGUGAAAGUUUGUUUGUGGAGCUAAUAACAGUAUUCUCGUGUUGUUUUCUAUCUUUAUGUGUCCUGGUUUGCUGUUCUUUACGUUGAAUAAAUAUUCAGUCCUUUCA